CUGCUAAACGCCACUGCCGCUGGGGCAUUCUAAAUUUCUCCAACACAGAAAUCGCUCUUCUCUUCCUCCCCUCAUGAAUUUUAUUCUGUUUUAUUUUGUUAUUGGAUCGGUUUUCACGCGUCGAGCUCUGAGCAUCACUUGCGGGAAUCGAAUACCCAAAGUUUUGUUCGUGUUGGUGGAUGGAUGUCGAUGGGAUUACUUGGAUCAAGGCAAUUUCCCCGGUUUUAAGAAACUCUCCGAUAAAGGGACUCAUGCUCUUCACGUGACUCCGAUUUUCCCGUCUAAUUCGUAUCCGAACUGGUACUCAUUGGUUACUGGUUUGUAUGCAGAGAGUCACGGCUUUGUGCAGAACAUGAUGUACGAUGCCAAGUAUGAAGACUUUUUUAUGAUGGGACCCCACGAGAGUGUGAAUGUUCCUCACUGGUGGGAUGGCGCUGAACCCCUCUGGGUCACUGCAGAGAAGAAUGGACUUCGAAGUGCCCUCUACUGGUGGGAUGGUUGCCAGGUAGAAAUAAGAGGCCGACAGUCAACCUUUUGUCGAAAAUACCAAUACAUAGGGAAUUCGUGGACAUCAGUCAACGAAGACACCAAGGAAGCAUUCUUUACGGCUUUGGAUCUAUUAGAAAACAAUGAAAUGCAGCUAGUUCAGUUAUAUUACGAACCGGUGGAUUUUUAUGGUCAUAAGUUUGGACCGGAAUCUGUUGAAAGAAAACAAGCUUUGAAAGACAUUGAUGAACUACUAGAAAUGGUAAUGUCUGAAAUAGACAAGAGAGGACUUCAAGAUCAGGUAAAUCUUGUUGUUGUGUCCGACCAUGGAAUGACUUUGACAGAUUCCAGGUCAAUCACCACUAUCAAGCUGUCAAACUACCUGGACAUCGCCGACAUUCGGUACAUGAUCUAUUAUGGAGCGAACAGCAUGCUUCUGCCUCAUGAGGGUAAGACAGAAAAGGUGUACCAAGCACUGAAGGGCAUACCAGGAUUGCAAGUAUACCACAAAGAAGAAAUACCAGAACACUACCACCUGAGAAAUAACCGCCUUAUGCUUCCAAUUUUGCUGGUAGCUGAUAAGGACUAUCUCAUUGAAGGGCUGGACAUACCAGGAAAAAGCAUUCCUACUGGUUCGUCCGUCUCUCUUGGUUCCCAUGGUUACGAUCCUUACCAAGUCAGUGACAUGAGGAGCAUUUUUUAUGCUGUUGGACCAGGAAUAAGAAAAAACUAUACGUCUCCUCCACUGAACAUUGUGGACAUCUACAACGUACUGUGCGACCUAUUGGGAUUUGAACCUUUGCCUAACAACGGAUCCAGGAGCAUUACUAAAGGGAUGCUGGUUCCUGAGCAACUACUUUCGACACCUUGUCAGCUGUCUGAUGCUCCAGUUCUGGUUUCACAGAUUUGGCAAGCAAUAACUGUCACAUUUAUAUGCUUCUGUCUUCAGAAGUGGCAUCUGGUGACAACGUGAUGAUUCUAUUUCAUCGGGAGGAUCUAUUUUUAGAGAGGUUUUUUUUAUCCUGUGCAGAUUGAAUGUAAAAUUGCUGCUUUGUAAAUCCGAAUAUUAUCGAGUCUUUCAAUUGCGUUUAGCCAUAAUAGCGGAUGGUCUUUUCAAUAACCUAAUCAUUGAAAAGUAAAAUUCUGCCGGGAAUGGUGAAUCUAGAGAUUUGCGACACCUGAUUUAAAAAUCAUCAUCAUAUUUUAUUUUAGAAACGAUUCACGAGCAAUUGUAUGAACGAUUUUCCUCCUUUUGGAAUUAUGGAACAGUAUGCGCAGAAAUCAACACAGGCAAUCCAGAUAGCCUAAACCUUGAUGAGGAGUUAAAUGGGAACAUAAAUUCCACAGAGGGAGAUUAUUCAUAAAAUGGGGUAUUCAAGUUUUAGAUUCUUUCGUUAUGAAGGGUAAAUUAUGGAUUUGUACAACUUGAGUUUGAGAAGUUUUGUCAAACUGUAAGUCAUGAAUUUACAUUUUUGAUUUUAUUACACAUCUUUUAUGAUGCGAGCACUUGAGUGAAGAAUCAAACCAAGUUUUUAUAUUAUCAAGAAAUUUCUACCAGUGUUACUAGAGUGCACACCAGCUACCGAGAAGAUAUGUUUAUGGAAAAAGAAAUGAACUGCAGUAUCCAUGAAGUGUUGUUAAUACGAUCCAAUUUAUAAUGAUUUAAGUCAGUGGUGCCUAACCGUUUUUUACUCGCAGGCCACUCCUUAUACCAAGAUGAAUCUCGCGGGCCAGAACACAUGUAAAAUUAAAAUAUACUUAAAUCCUUUUCGAUAACAGUAUGAAAAAAAAAUCGAAAAGGAAAGAAAAUUCUAAAUCAAGAAUUGUUUUUAUCACACUAUGUACUUAUUUUUUUGAAGUAAGUUUCCAACUGUUUCGUAGAUAAGAAUUUCUGAUAAAUUUGAUGUCAAAUUUAGAGCAAUAAUUCAUAAUAUCGAAUUGAGAUGAUUGGUUGUUUUGGAAGACCUAAAUAUCAAAACAUCUUUUUUCGAUUUGUACCAUUGAACAAAUCGACAUGUCAACCGGCCGCAUAUAAAGAACCUUUACUUUGCUAGAGAUCAAGCAAAACUUUGGAGACCGCUGAUUGGUGUCAAGUAAAAACGUCAUCUAUCUCUUUUAUAACUUCUUUUACUUACGCUAGUUAUUUUUUUCAUUUCGAAACAGGAUCUUCUAGACAUUAUUCGAAGGUGGAAAAUUAAAAACAUUUAAACUUGAAUUCAGAACUUCUGAAAAAUGAAAUUUGUUCAAAUUCUUUUGGAUGAACAUGGGCGAUUCAUCUAAGCCGCCUGACCAAUCAGGAGUUCCAAAACUAUUACAAGGUCUCAAGCUGAGUAAAGGUUGUUAGCAUGUCAUCGGGUCAGUUGGAUCAGCUUCGCGGGCCAUAUAUGGCCCGCCGGCCGUGGAUUAGGCACCACUGCUUUAAGCAAAACAUAUGUCAACGUCUGUCAUUCAAGAGAUACCGCGAAAGCUGAAGUUUUCCCCUUCCUUCAGAAAAGAUGAAUUAAUCUCUGAUAACGCAUCGAUGGGAAGUGACGUUCUUCGAAAACUAAUUUCAUCAUUCACGAAAAAGGUUUUACGAUAAUGAUUCCAAAGAACGUGUUCACCAUCAAUAGAUUGAUUUGGCACUAGAAAACAAUGUUCGAAAACUGAUUUAAUUAAGGGAUCGUCCACCAAUAAUGUCACGCUUUAAGGGAAGGGUCUUCUUGAAAUUGUAACAGUUUGUGAGGAGGAAGAGGGAGGGGGUGAAAAAAAGUGUGACAUCGCCCAUUUUUAUGACACUUAUGUAAUAUAGCGUGACACAUGACGUGGGUAGGCGAUGGGGUACGAUGAAGUCUGACACUUUGUGAAAAAAAGAGGGAUGGAGUCGAAUGCAAUGAAAAAAAAAAGUGACAAAAUUUACAUACAGCCCUAAAACUGUAAUCAUCAUUAUAAUUGUUAUUAUCUGUUAAUAAUAGUAAUUAAAAAUAGAAUGUUUCCAUUCCCUUCAUCAAGCAUAAUAUUUGCAACAGAAUCAAAAGGGGAAAAAAAAACUAAGCAGUAAUUAUGCAUGGUUGUAAAUAUAAAAUGUUAUAUUUUUGAGUUUAAAUAAAAAUAUUUUU